AAUAUGUUUUAUAAGUGACUAUAAUAAUUUUUUCCCCAUCCUCGGCUUAUCUUUUUAUUUAUAUCAAUAAAUUUUAGCGUAGUACAUGUGUUUUGUUUUAUGUUUCAAAAUACACACAUAUGUAAUGUAGUUGAAGGUAAACCAUAGCUAUACUAAAUUUCUGGUACAAAAAGUAAUGACUUUUUCAUUACACGUCAAUUUAAUUUGUUUCUAAGAAUGAGUGUUACCAAAAUUCCGCCGCAGCGAUAAUGACCAAAUUCUUCAAAGUUAUUCAGACGCUUAAGGAUUCAUUAAUACGAAACAGUUCAUCUAAAAACUACCAACAGCCUUCAAAUUAUUUGCUUCCUUUGGAUUUCAAAGAAGAACUAUUAUCAAAGCGACAAAAGCAUAGAAGAAAUACCAUAAAUAAAAUACAGAGAUCAAUAUGGUGCCUAGAAUGCAGUCUGGAGAGAUCCUUCUUAUUCCAGAUACCCCUCACAUUAACGAUUGCACGGGGGUUUUCCAGUCGGUAUAUGAUGCCUCCAAAAAUAAUGACAAAAGCAGGAUCAAGAAAAACAAGUGAAGUUGAUAAAUUGACAAUAAUCCCUGCAUGGAUGAAAAAAACAAAGAUAAAAAAGUUUCAAGACCAUAUAGGCAAUGUUAAAAACAAGAGUCAAAAUAUAUCCCAAAAUAAAACUUUGCAUGAGUUUAAUGUAUCAGCACCUAAAUUCAAAAUAACUAAUUUAAUUAAUAAAAAAUCAAAAAAUGUGGAAUUAUUGGCAGAGUCCAUAAAACCAAAAAGAUUCUACAAAACAGUUAUGAAUAAAAUUGCAUUACCCCAUUUUGAGACUAAGCAUGUAGUUUUGAAAAAGAAAAACGAUCAGAAAGAAUUACUAGAUUCUCAAAGUGUUCUUGAUGAUUCAAUAAAGGAAGCCAUAAAUGCAAAUAUACCUAAAAAUUACAAAUUAAUAAUGAGCAACUACAAUAAGACUGAUCUAAAUAGGAACAAGCCAGCAGAAAAAUCGCUGACAUUAGAAUGUAUAAAAAACCCACCAGAAUCUUUAGUGAACAUCUAUAUUGAAAACAAUAUAGAAAAAUCUUUAGUGAUGGUUUCUGAAAACAAAUCCAAGCAGCCCAAUAGAAAUGAAGAUAGGAGUCGAAUUCGAAAGCAUAAAACAAUAAAUCUGAUCCCUAAAACGGAUGAAAUAUUAUUGAAACUAAAAGUAAAACGUUUUCAAAAACCAGAAUUAGAUGUGUAUAUAAAAAAACUUGCAGCUAAACAUGGUAAAAUGUCUGUUCAAAAAAGUGUUAAGCCCAAAAGAAUAUAUGAAAAUAACCGUCAAAGAAUUAAAUAUGAUUUGGAUGACAAGUAUCUUAUUAAUGCCAGAAAGACAGAUCCUAUGACUAAGCAUGUAAAAGAAAACAAAAUAGAAUCGAAAAUGUCAUAUUAUUCAAAAAAAAAAUUAAAUGAAUUUAUAAAAAAUAAUAUAGAAAACAGUAGGUUAUUAAAGAAAGGAAGUAAUCAUAUAAAUCAAAGAACAACUACACCCAAAACUGAAGAAAAACCUAAAAGAGGAACAAUUUUAAGAAAAGAAGAUUCAACAGUAAUUAAGAACUUGCAAAUUGAAGUCCAAUAUCUGAAUAAAAAAGCGAAUGCAGCCAUAAAAUUGAACUCAAAAAAUGGAAUUCUAAAAGACAGGGAUAAACAUGUACUGUCAGCUGAAAAAAAAAAUAAAAAUGGUGAAACAGAAAGCUCCACAAAUAUUAGAGAUGAUAGCAAGAAUAAAGAAUGUAAAAAUGAACCUGAAAUAAAAAGCAGUAAAUGCUGCCAAAAUAAAAUUUCUAAUGAUCACUUAAUCCCAUACAUUCAAAAAAAUAGUGAAAAUUCACUGAUUAUAGUUAACCAAGACAGUAGCAAAUCACAAAAUCAGAUAAUUCCAGGCAUUGGUAAGACCUAUGAAUCGUCGAAAAAUGUUGAAAAAUUCACUGAAUGUAAAAAAACUGAUAAUAUAUCACAGAUAUUGCCAAACAAUCAAAGCAAUAAUAAAGCUAAACUAAGGAUUUCAAAUAUAUUAAGCAAAACAAUAAAGGAAUAUCCAGCAAAUAUUGAAAAUAUGGUUGGAGAAAGUAAAAAUAAUAAAACGAAGGAUCAACCUUCUGGAACCUUGGGUGAUCAAAGCACAGAGCCAUUAAAAAAUAAAAACAAUGAGAAAGAUCAGCACAUAGCAUUAAACGCUGAUACAAACUGCAAACCAACUGAACAAAUGAAGUAUAUGAAAUAUACUCCAGAUUCUCCAAAUUAUAUCUGUGUCCCAAAAAAAAGAACUGUAUCGUGCAAAUAUAAGAUAUCUAGAGGAGUACACAGUGAUAAACCAGAUAUAUCAACAGAAUCAAAAAAACAUCUAAGAAAUGCCCAACCUAAUUUUAAAAUAAGAAAUGAUAUUAGAUUAAAUCGUGGGUCUGGAAAUUUUAAAAUAACAACUAAAGAAGCAACAGCAAUACAUGAAAAUAGUAGUGAACCUUCUAAACUAGAAUCUAUAAAAAUUGUGGACAAAAAUAUAUUGGCACCUUCAAAAAUUUAUAAAUUUCAUUGUCACAGUGAAAUUUUGGAUUAUAAAGUUUACAAACUUGAUUACACUCCAUUAAUACAUCUGGGAACAGAGCAAUCCAAUACUCUUAGACCAAAUAUAAAUAAUAUACUAAGAGUAAACUUGCCUUUGAUGUCUUACAGAGCCAUUGAUGACAAAAACCAUACUUUUGAUUCACAAAAUCAAUCGAAAUCUAAUCCAGAAGUAUCCAGUCAAAUGAAGGAUAAAAAUAUCAUGCAAUUAGAAGAAGUAAAAAAUGAAAGAAAUCAUGAGGGGAAAAAUAUAAAUAAAAAUAAAAAAAUAAUGCAUUUAUCUAAUAUAGCAUGUGAUAAAGAGAAAUCAAAUUUUUCUGUUACAAAAACUGUGCAAAGGUUAAAUCUUGAAAAACAAAUUAAGGAUGAGAAUGGGACAAAAUACGGAGUAGGAGAAAAGGUUGACUGUGUAAAUGAUAAUAAAAUAAUUAAUCCGCAAAUAAAAAAAGAAAUUUAUAAUCCAGAAGGAUACAAUAUAGAUUAUUCUCGCAGGGAACUGAAAAAAAUCUUACCAUUUAUAAAAAAAUUACCGAAUAAAACAACAAAUAUUUCUUCAAAAGAACAUAUAAAUUUAGAAUCAAUGGAAAAUAAAAAAAAACAAGCUUCAGCUAUAGAAAAAUCAAAAUUUGAGGAGCAAAAAAACAAAACGUUAGAAGAAAUACAGUUAGAGAAUCACAUUGAAUCAAAUUCUUCAUCCAGCCAACAGUUAGGUGAAGUUAGUCUACCAGGUGGUAUUAAGGAGAAGAGUAACGUGUGUAAGAGUGAUACAAAAAAAGAAAUUAUUUUUCCAUUUGUUAAUACAAAUAAAACUGGAAUGAAUAAUUUACAAAAUGAAGACAUUAUGUACAAAGAGCAAAAAAAAAAACUUGUGGUACAGGAUCAAACUUUGGUUACAAGAAAAAAACAACAACAUAAAAUGCAAUUAGAUCCAAAAUCAACUUCUUGGAUGAAUAAGUUUCAUGAACUGAUAAUUAAUGAAGGUUUAUUCAAUAAAAAAGUAAAGAAAAAUGUCUUUUUAAUGCACGGCUUCAAUAAAGUAUCAUUUCUUAAAGCGUAUAAAGAUAUUCCCCAUGUAACUUCAGAAAUGAACAUGUUCUCAAAGCAUAUUCCUACAAUAGUUAUAAAUGCAAAUACUAAUGAAGACAAACAUUCUAAAAACAGGAUUUAUGGAUGGCAGAUCUUGGACAAUGACCUUAAGGCAAUGUUAUAUCAACAACUGGAGCUAUACAACAAACAUUUUAAGGCUGAAUUUCCAGAAACAAUCAAACAAAAUGAAAGUAUAAAACUAUAUGACAUGUUUGAUUGCACCUUUAUUUUACAACGUUUUAAAAAUGUUUCACUUAAUUGUGAAUCAGAAAACUUUGUGGAAGAAAACCUAUGCCCAUCAAGCACAUCAUCAAAUGAUUUUGAAUUUAUCAAUAAAAUAGUUCCAAUGCAAACAAGAACUAAAGAAGAGGUCUCAGAUGUGAUAGAAAAAAUAAAAACAUGUGGAACACUAAUUUUGGAACAAAACCCUAAAGAUACUUCAUUUAUUGAAGUAUUGGACUGCAGGAUACCCAUGAAGUGUAUAAAAAGUAUGGUAAAAGAAUCAAGUACUGAUGACAUAGGGUCACAAAUGUUUAGUCUUACCAAUUCAAAGCACAUGUGUUUUUACAGUAAAUAUAGAAGGAACUGUAUGGGAGAAAAUGAUACUAUGAGGUCAAAUCCUAAAAUAGAAACAAAAAAUAUUAGGGCCAUUAAUAAGACAAAUAUAAAGCAGGAUUCUAUGACUUCAAAUGCAAUAAACAACUCCGAAUCAAUUUCAAAAAGCUCAUUUCAAGGAGCUGCAACUAUACCAUUAAAUAUGAAAAUGUUAACUUUUCAAGAAAUAUAUAAUUAUAAUAGCAGGAAAAAUGUAGGAAUCAAAAAUAAUGAAAACAAUUUUUUUGAACUGAAAGAUAAAGAAAAAACAAGUAUUGAAACAAAAAUGAAUUUAGAAAAAGAAUCUUCACCAAAUAUAAAACAAGAAGACAAAAAUAUUAAUCAAUAUUACCAAGCGGGCUCUGAACCUAACGUAUGUCAUUCCUUUUCAGUUAUAGAAAAUUCUAAUAGAGCCGAAAUUGAACCAGAAGUAUUGCAUUACAUGAAAAAACUUGAUACAUUAUCUUCAGGCAAUGAUUUCACAAUGAUCUCAAAUGACAUAAAAACACUGGAGAAAAAUCUUAAUGAGGCAUUUCUUACAACAGAACCAACUCAAGAAAAGAUUUUUCAUGGUAAUGACUCCAACGGGUACAAAAAAAAGAAUGUUUCAAAUCAUAACACAGAUGAAGCAAUAAAAACUAGAAAUUUAUUUUUAAAGGAACUUUCUUAUUCAACUGAUAUUAAAUUUCUGGGAAAAAAUAAUACAGACCUUUCUGAAAUAGUAAAUGAGUGCAAAAGAGGCACCUUUGAAUACUUAACAAAAGUUGUUAAAAAACAUAAAAUGGAUACAAAAAAUUUGAGUAGCUUAGCUUCAUCCAACAGUCAUGAAAAGCUGAAGAAAUCUGAUGAUGUCAUACCAUCGAAAAAUCAUAAAAAUUUGGAAAAUAUCAUAAAGUCUUCAUCUCCAAUUUCAAUAUUGGACUCUCCAACCUUAAAAAUGACAAAAAAAAAAAGAAGUAUUGAAUCCAAUAUAAGCCAAAAAGUGAAGACAAAGUCUUUAAAGAAGAACGUGGAGAAUGAAUAUAAGUCUGGGAUAAAUUCAAAUAUAAAUAAAGUUAUAUCUACCGAACUUUUAGAAAAUAGUUUCAAUAAGUUAAAAGUUAUGAAAAAAAUAGAGGAAGAAGAAAAAAAACUUAUUCACAUUAGGAAUCAUGAAAAAACACUUUCCCAAAUAAACGAAGAUUGUGAUAUAAUUAGUAACUCCAAACAAAUUACAAGCAACAAUAAAAAUUUGGAAACAAGUAAUGAGCUAUUACAAGAAAUGAGCCAUCAGAAUAUUAGUCAUGGUCAGAUUAAUAAGACUGAAUCGGGUUUAAAAAUGAAAUCCACAACUGAUAUGAAUAAUGUUAAAGCUGGAGAGAAAUCAUUUAAAGGCAUCUGCUUUAAAACUGAAAGUACCAACAGGCAAAAUUAUAGCAAUUCUAAUAGAAUACAGAAACAUUUAAAUAGUGAUAAUACUAGAACUUCAAACAACUUAAGUAAGUCUGUUGGUAACAUUCAAAAUGUUUCGAAUAAAAAGUUUGAUUUUUGCAGAAUUCUUACAAAAAACUUCAAUCCUCACAAAGGAUCAAGAAAUUCAGAUAAAAUGACAGAAAGUGAUACAAAUGAAGUAACUAUAAAUGAACAAAAAGAAUUUGAAAAAAUGAAUAUUAAUGAAGUUAGGAAACCAAUUAUAAUGGAGUACGAAAGCAAUGAUAACAUGACCAACGUGAAUACAGAAGUAGAUAUGAAUGCUAUUGGAGUUGGAAAACCCCUAAAAAAUGAACACAAUGAUGUAAAAAACAUUAUAAAUAAAAAAACAGAUGUAAAUAAUUCUGAGUCACAUGUCAAUGAAUCUAUUCCAACUGGCUUAAGAUGUAUUAGGCAAUUUAAAAUAGAACCUAAAGACAAAGGAAUGGAAAAAUGUCAUUUAAAAAAAACAUUGUGUGAAGUUGAUUCAAAUAAGUUUAAGAACAGAGAUCGAAAACAUACCAAAUCGCCCUUAAGAAAAGAUAUUGGCAAAUCAGUUACAUUAGCAAAGCUAAAUUUGACUGCAGAUUGUGAUACCACUUCAAAAUUAAACCAUUAUUUAUCAAAACAUAAAAAGAAAUUAGAGGCUAUAACAGAAGACAAAAGAGUGAAAUCUAUAAAACAUAAAUUAUCAAAUAAUUUGAAGCCACGAGAUGAAAGCAGUAUAAUUAGAAGGGAAUCACAUACCUUAAUGAGCUUCUUAAAUGCAGAAAAUGAUAAAAAGAAAGGUGAAGAAAAUAAAAGGGAUUCAAAAAAAGGAAAGGAAGAUGGGCUUCAUUUACACAUUAACGGUAUUAAUAAAACAGUACCUAUAAAAGAGUCUAAAGAGCAAACAAUAACAAGGAAUAAAAUUGGUAGAGGUUUCGAAACAAGAAAUUUCUCUAGUAGUAAUUCAUUUUUUGACAGUAAAAGUAAUCCAAUAAAAAUAUCAACUGAGGCGAAAAAACCUUAUUUUAAUAUAAUUUGUUCAGCGAAUAAGUUCAAACAAAUCAAUGAAUAUAAAGUUGAUAAAUUCAGUAAAGUAGAAAAUAUGGAGCUAAAUUUAACUCAGCAACUAACAAAUUUCAAAAAGGAGAAAAAUAAAGAAACAAACAACAUUGGUUCAAGAUCAUCAUUACACUGUUUAAAAAAAAUAAAUAAAAGCAAUAAAAAAAAGCAAUAUAGAGAAAAUCCCAUUUAUAUCUUAAAAUACCAACCAAAACUAGAAGGUUUUAUUUCCCAAAGUUUACGACCAUCAAAUUCACAAAAAAGUUCUUAUAAAAUGCAUGUAGGUACAGUUAAAAAACGGCAAGCUGGUCAUGUAGUAAAAAACAGAAUUAAAUCAGAACUUAAGCAAUCAGCGACAAAUUCAAAAAAGAAAAAAUCAAAACAUCCUAAAAUUGAUAUGAGAUUUAAAAAUGAUCAGAAAAAAAAUAAAAUUAACUUAAAAUUAGCCAGUUCUAGUGCAAUACUUUCUCAAAAAGGGUUGCCACUUCAUGUUUUCCAAAAUGAAGAAAAUGAGAUCUGCAAAAAUUAUUUCUUAGAUACUCCCUCUCGUCUAGUAUGUGGUUUAACACAGCCAAGACAAACACCUAAUGAGAAACCUGUGAUGCCAAAGGCAAAAGCAACUACCAAACUAUUUGCUUGUACUCAAAAAAAAGAUGAUAUUCUUAAGCAAAAUUUUAAAUUACAAAAAAAUGUUGAAAAUUAUAAUGAACAUGAUGAUUCUUUUAUCACUAAAAUUCAUAAUAUGAAACCAGAGAUAGAAUAUAAACCUACUUUUACAGAAAUGGGCUACGAGACCAAAGGAAACACAAGUGAACCAAAUCUAGUUGAAUAUCAGUUUGAAAAAACAGAAUCAGGAGUAUUGAAAGAUGAAAGUAAAGAUCAGAAUACAAAUUUAAGAGGAACUAAAGACCUGAUAUCAGAUAUUGAACUGAUAAUUGACCAAAGAAAUCCUGCUGCCAUUCCAUCAGAAACUAUUGCAAAAGUUCCUGAUAGGAAUGAUUCAUCAAAUUGUGAAUUAAUAACUAAUUCUAAAGAUGGUGUUGGUUUACAUGCUAUAGUUGGUAAUGUUGUUAAUAACGUGAAGGCUAGAAUACAAAAUUUUCUUCUAGCAGAUAUUGCUGAAUCAAAACUAAAUAAAGAAAUCAUAUCCAAAAAGAUGAAACAACAAAAAAGCGAUUAUUUAAAAGAAAAGUCUGACAUUUCUAAAAUUCCUAAACAAAUUUCUCGAGAGACAAAUAGGUUCAAAACUUUAAAUCAAAAUACAAAACAAAUCCUGUCCAGUACUUUAGCAUCCUAUUCUAAUGGUGUAACUGAUCAGAUUCAGUCUAAUAAAAAUAUGGAGAAAAAGAAGAUAAUUUCUAAAAACAAAGAUAGCGAUGAUGGUCAGAGAAGAAAACCAAUUUCUGAUUUGCUGAAAUUUAAAUCUGCCAGAGAUAAACAAACUUGUCCUCAAAGGUCUUAUUCUGAAGUCCUUAAUGAGUUUUAUGCAACAUGUGAAACAUAAUCUUAAAGUAAAUGUAUGAUUUUUUGUUGUGUAAAUUCAGUCAUUUCUAUCACUGUGUAUUUUAAAUGUUCAAAAUAAAGUAAACAUUAUACAUGUGUCAAUUUAUGUUGUAUGUAUUAUAUGCUAACUAGCAGUCAUAUGCCAACAGUGGUUUUCUUCCAAGAAGAUCCUCAGGUUGACACCAACCACAUACGUAAUAAACCCAUUUUGGGAAUGUUUGCAAAUAUAGAAAACUGAAUAAGGUAGUAUAUUUUUGAAGUGAAGUGGAUAGGAGUCUAAAAAUUAUUAAUAAUUUAAUUACAUUGAAAAACAUUUUCUUGAACUCGCCCAAUGUAUUGCAGGAAAGUCAAAUUACAGUACUUCAUUAGUUAUUUAUUUAUAUAUUUUUGAAAUUACCAUAAACAAUUUUCUUUUAUAGCCAUUUCCAAGCAUUUCUUGAAUAAGUGUUAAUAUGUGUGUCCAAGAACGGUUAGUUCAAAAGUUAAAAAUGAUCUCAAUUGGAUAAGUAAAUAUUUGAUGUUUUAAAAGAAAAUUGGCAAAUUAAUGACUUAUUUCAAUAGUGAAACCUCUUUAAGCACAAUUUCUACAAGAAAAUAAGCCUGAUUGUUCUAAGAGAAAACCAAUUGGAUAUAACUGUAAUACAAUACUUUUAGAUAUUGGUUUAUUAAUGAUGGAUAUAUUCAGAGGAAAGGAGAUGGAAUUGGUCGAAGGAUUAAAGAAAGCCUAAAUACACUUAAUAGGUCUUACAGAGACAGCAAAGAAGAGAAAAGGAGAAGAGUAAAUUGGAGAAUACGUCCUACUGUACUCUGGAAUCAACUAUCAGAAACAUGCGGGAGGGGGAGCAGGCUAAAUAUACACAAAGAAUUAACUGCAAACAUUUUGAAUUGGAAAGCCAUUAAUUAAAGGUACAUGACUGUGCAACUAAAAUUAGAGCACAUAGAAUACAUAUUAAUUAUUACAUAUGGCCCCAAUGACAAUGCCAGUGUGAGAGAUAGAAACUUUCUUUGAAGACCUGCAGGAGAUACUGGAUGAUAGGAACCCCUAUCAUUAUGGGUGACCUCAAUGGUAGAGUUGAUAGAGACAUCAGGAGAUGGCACGGAGUGAUAGGAACACAUGGAGAGAAUUGUAGAAGGGACAAUGGAGAAAGGAUUUUGGACUUCUGCUUGGCAUGAUUCUGGCAAAUAGCUUUUUCUCUUCCACAAGGAAAUUUACAAAAUUACUAGAGCUGAACUCUCUAUGAAUGGAAAAUAAAUUAUAGAUCACUUUCUGAUCUCAAAAGAGGACGGGAACACGAGAGUCGAUAGAAUCAAUAGAGGAGCUGAACUGGGGAGAAACCAUAGGCUACUGAUAAUGAAGAUAAUGGACAUGAUUCUGAAUAACCCAUCUAUAGGUAGGGAAAAGAUCAGGCCCCACUAAGAUAUUUAAGAUGUAUAUUAAGUAUGUAUAUGUAAGUAUUUAAGAUUUAAGCAACAAACUUAAAUCAGAAGAAUUAACUGAAUCAUAUAAAACAGCAGUAGAAGAAAAUGUGGCUGACAAUAAAUACCACUGGAACCCCAAAUACAUAGAGAAAAGCUUGAAUGCAAUAAAACAGAUAUUGUUGGAUGCAGCAGAGGAAGGUCUGUGGGAAAAACAAAGUAUGCAAUGAAAAAAUAAUGAAUAGAUGAGAUGAACAUUUGGAAGAAAUAUUUAAAGAUAAUAUAAGACAUAUAACUCUGAUUGAACAAAAUGCCCACAUCAAAGAAAUCUUUGAUGGGAGAGAAGAUUAUUUCAUUGGAGAAGAGAAAGUAGCAGAUGUUAUAGAAACCCUAAAAAUGGGUAACUCAGCAGUCAUAGAUGGCAUAACAACAGAGUUGAUGAAACACAUGGGACCUAAAGCCAGAAAAUAUUUCAACUUCUCCUAAACUUAGUGCAAAAAAAUAAAAGAGGUUCCCAAGGAUUGGGAAAUAUCAGUUAUAUCCCCAAUACAUAAGAAGAGAGACUACAGGGACUGCCGAAACCACUGAGGUAUGGAUCUCAUUAAGGUAUACCUUGCAAGGUUUACUCUAAAAUUCUGGAAAAGCGGCUAAAGGGAGUCAUCGAGAGUACCCUAGAACAGGAAAAAGACGGAUUCAGGCCAAAAAGAAGCACACAAGGCCUAAUAUUUACGAUGAGACAGCACUUUGCAAAGAUCUCAGAAGAAGUUUAUACAUGUUGUGUAGACCUUAAGCAUGCAUUCAACAGGGUCAGGAAGACUGAUAUAACCCAAGGCUCUGGAAGAGCAGA